CGAGAGAUAGAAGCAACAGGUUCAACGCCAAGGGGCGACAGUCAGGACUGAAUAAGCUCAAGGAAGAUUCUAAGCGUAAAGAGCGCAAAAAGGCUGGUAUCUCCCAGGAAGCAGGCGAUAGUGACGGCGAUGCGAAUACAGAUAUCAUAGUACCAAAAACGAAGGAACAGAAGGAGAUAGACAAAGAGAGAAAGUUAGAAAUGCGUAAACAGCUUGAAUCUGAGCAGGAAGGCAAAAUAUCGAGCAAGAAGCGCAAGAGAUUGGAUGCAUUUAUCACACGCCAACUCAAAAAGGAAGAACGGAAGGAAUUGAUUGACAAACUUUCGAAAUCUCAAUCAGCUAGUGAUGCAGCUUACCUCAAAUCAUCUGCUAAUCUUGGUUCCAGGUUGCAACAUACUGCUGAAGAUAAGAUAGCCCUCUCUGAACAUUUAGCAGUCAAAUCUGCAAUGAAGAAGGCUGGAAGCCGCAAUGGACCAGCUGAAUCUGUUGAUGAUCAAUCUCACAGUGAUUCUGAGGUCUCAGAUGACUCUGAUGACGAAAUUUCACAUCCUAUCGCAAAGCCAGAACCAACAAAGGAACAGGAGAGGAUUAUUUCAACCAAAAAGAAAGCAGCUGUUGUGGACGAUAAAGCACAGAUGCAACAACCUACUCAAAAGCCUACUGAAAGUACGCUUGGAAGUGCUCUUGGUGCAGGCGGCGUAACACCUGUAAUAAGGCCUAGAAAGAAGAAAACAAAGACUAUUCCUGCAUUGACCCGCGGUUGGAAGAUACCUUCGAAAGAAGAAGAACCGGCAGAAUCAGAAAGAGAGUCAGACUCUUCGUUCGACUCUUCAGCCUCAGAGUCUGAGGAAGAUGAUGAGGACAAUAAAGACCACAGCGAAGAUGAAGAGAUGUCAGAAAAUGAUAGAAGCGAUGAGGAAGAACCACAGACAGAGAGAGGUCAGAAGUUCAAGGAAUGGGCUUUGAGACAGAUGAACGAUGAUGCAGAGCCAAAGGUUGACGAGGUUGUGACCCAAAUACCAGAGCAUUACAAAAAGUCAGCAGGCCCAGAGAGAGCAUUAGCUGACAAAAUCGAACUGCCAUCUCACUCACUUCUGCAAGAAUCAGAUGACGCAUCUAUCGUCCGCACAGUUCCAAUAAAAAGAAGUGAGGAAUUACAAACAUCGAGAUUGCUUCUACCAGUUGUCGAACUGGAACAAGAGAUAGUUGAAACUGUUCUAUUGAACCCAAUUACGGUUAUUUGUGGUGAGACAGGUUCAGGUAAAACGACUCAGUUGCCGCAAUUCCUUUAUGAGCGUGGGUUUGGUACAAAACAAAGCUUAAAUCCAGGAAUGAUUGCUGUUACGCAACCAAGAAGAGUUGCCGCGGUCUCCAUGGCUAAUCGUGUUGGUGAAGAACUCGGCGUCGGUUCACCAAAAGCUGCUUACAAGAUCCGUUACGACGGUAAUACUAGCCCAGAGACAGCCAUAAAGUUCAUGACGGAUGGUGUUUUACUUAGGGAGCUGGCGAAUGAUUUCCUUUUGACAAAGUAUUCGGUUAUCAUUGUAGAUGAAGCGCAUGAAAGAAGUGUCAACACAGAUAUUCUGAUUGGUGUACUUUCAAGAGUAGUGUCAUUGCGGAAUAACCGCUGGAAAAAGAAUCCGGAAGAUAUACAACCUUUACGUCUGAUAAUCAUGUCUGCUACAUUAAGAGUCUCGGAUUUUACAGAGAACAAGGCCUUAUUCCAACAAACACCCCCUGUUAUCAAUGUCUCGGCUCGUCAGCAUCCUGUCACGAUACACUUCUCUAAGAAGACGACUCCGGAUUACGUCGAGGAGGCUAUGAACAAGACAAUAAAAAUACACAAGAAGCUUCCACCGGGUGGUGUACUGGUAUUCCUCACUGGUCAAGGAGAAAUAGAGACAGUUUGUAAGAAGUUGAGACAACGUUUCGGAAAGAAAACGAAAAGCAAAUCCGAAUCAACAAAUAACAAGCUACGUUCAUCAAAUCCUGCCGCAGGUGAUGUAGAGAUCGAGGAUGUUGAUUUUGGUAACGACGACGACCCUGCUCUGGAUAUAGACGACGACUUGGAUGAGGAAGUGGACUCUGGAGACGAGUCUGGAUUCGAAGAGGCAGUUGAAGAAGAAACCUCGAGUGCGAUGCAUGUCUUACCACUUUAUUCGCUAUUGCCGUCAGAAAAACAAAUGCAGGUCUUCGAGCCACCUCCAGAGGGUACCAGACUUGUCGUUAUUGCGACAAACGUUGCUGAAACGUCUCUCACUAUCCCUGGUAUUCGCUAUGUCGUUGAUUCUGGUAGAGCCAAAGAGCGUUCAUACAAUCCACAAAAUGGUAUGCAGAGUUUCGACGUAUCUUGGGUAUCCAAAGCAUCAGCUGCCCAGAGAGCUGGUAGAGCUGGUCGUACAGGUCCUGGUCACACGUACAGACUAUAUUCAUCAGCUGUAUUUGAGAACCAUUUUGAGCAAUUUGCCAAACCAGAAAUCCUCAGAAUGCCAAUCGAAGGUGUCGUCUUACAAAUGAAGAGUAUGAACUUGGAUGUCGUUGACAACUUCCCAUUCCCUACACCACCAGAUGUAAUCGGACUCAACAAAGCUGAGAAAAUGUUACUCAAUUUAGGAGCGCUCACAGACACGGCACUCUCUCAAGUGAAGAGUAGAUUUAAAAUCACAGAAUUGGGACGCAGCAUGAGUCUGUUCCCAGUCACUCCACGCUUCGCUAAGAUGCUUGUCACCGGCUUCCAGCAUGGAUGCUUACCCUACGUGAUAGCCAUUGUCUCCGCACUCUCGGUCGGCGAUCCCUUCAUCCACGAGGAAGCUCUCAAAGCGACAAUGAACGACGACGAUAGUGAAGACGUUCGUCAGGCUAUGCGUAAAGCGUUUUUCAAAUCCCACCAGAAGUUCGCCAGUUUGGGCAAUCACUCGAGCGAUCUCUUCAAAGUUCUGGCAGCCGUAGGAGCUUAUGAAUAUGCUGGUGGAGGCGAGGCAUUCUGCAAGAGUAAUUUCCUGCGCAGCAAAGCCAUGGGAGAGAUUCGCAAGCUGCGUGCCCAGAUUAGCUACCUCAUCCAAAGUACUUUCCCAAAUGUAGAUGCGAACUUCGUUCCGAAGUUAAAUCCUCCAAACGAGACUCAACAAAAGGUGCUUAAGCAGUUAAUCGCAGCAGGUUUCAUUGAGCAAGUCGCAGUACGUAAAGAUCUGGUCGAGGAGACUGAAAACAGUGGGAAAAAAUUCCAGUCGUGUCGCAAUAUACCCUACAAAGCGGUUGGGAUUGAUCAAGAUGUUUAUAUACACCCAAGCUCGACCAUUUUUAAUGGCGAACCACCUGGAUUUAUAACUUACACUGAGAUUAUACAAACUAGCCAGCCGUAUAUGAAGGGCAUCACCGCGAUAGAAGCAUCAUGGCUGCACAAAUUAGGUAGAAAUAUGUGCAGAUUCUCGAAACCUAUUGAUGUCCCACUUAAUGCUAAGCUCGCGUCGAGUGAGACUAAGAAGGAAGUCAUCGUUGAACCAUUCUUCGGUCCUGGAAGAGGGAUUAAGUUGCCAGCUGUCAAGAUGGAGCAAGUGAAAGACUCUCAUGGCAGAUGGAUACUCGCUUGAUUGAUAGAUUAUUUAUUGUAGUAUUAAUUUAUAGACUCCGUUU